UCCACUUCGGUCACACUACAAAAGCGGGCCAAAGUUUGUUUAUCAUUGUUAAUCGGCACUUUGGCCACAAAAAUGACCUCCAUCAAGAUUGAGUUUGCAGUGCAAAUGCGCAAGGGCGACGAGUCCUACGCCGGAGCCCUCCGCUCAGCGCUGGAGGGCAUGGGUCAGGUGGAGAUCGACACCCAGGAGGGCCGUGUGAUAGUUCAGACCCAGCGACCUUGGUCGGAGAUUCACGACAAGAUAGAAGCCACCGGGCGCAAGGCCGUGCUCUCGGGAUUCGGAGGUCAGUCGGCGGUGGCCCUCAUCAACACCACGGGCAGUGUGGUGGACAAAACGCCGAUCCAGGGAGUCGUCCGCUUUACCACCAUCACGGAAAGGGAGCCCGGAGUGGUGGUGGAUGGCGUGGUGGACGGACUGACGCCGGGUCUACACGGGUUCCACAUCCACGAGAGCGGGGACACCUCGGCCGGCUGCUCCUCCGUCGGAGAUCACUACAAUCCCCGCCAGUCGCCGCAUGGAAGCCCCGCAGCUGGUGCAGAUGAGCGCCAUGCCGGGGACUUGGGCAACAUACGGGCCGAUGAAAGUGGCAGGGCCACCUUCAGAUUUGUGGAUCCAGUGCUGCAGGUUUGGGACAUCAUCGGAAGGGCUGUCGUGCUGACCGCUAGUGCCGAUGACCUGGGACGUGGCGGCAACGAACAGAGCCUGGUCGACGGCAACUCUGGGGAAAGAAUCGCCUGCGGUAUAAUUGCCCGUUCGGCGGGCAUUUUGGAGAACUUCAAGAAAAUCUGUGCCUGCGAUGGUGUCACCCUUUGGGAUGAGCGGAAUAAGCCACUGGCUGGCAAGGAGCGCUCACAGAAGCUUUAACUUUGUUCCAUUUGUUGUCUUGUAAAUAAAUUGUAGCUCUUCAUGUAUAA